AUGAGUGAUGAUAGUAAUGAUGCAUUGGUUGGAGAGAUAAACACAGAUCAAGUCGAUCAACAAGCAUGGCUCAUAAAGAUCCCCAAGUACCUUGCAGAUCAUUGGAUGAAUGCUGGUGGUGGCUCAGAGAUUGGCAAGCUCUACUUCAAGUCUGCCAACGAUUUAUCAUUAUCGAUUGCUAGAGCAAGUGGAGGUAGUAGCGAGGAGUUUCAAUUGACUACGACACCAUUGAAUGAAGCGAACCCUUUGAAGAUAUUCUCUGAGGACUCUGAGAAUGCUUUGGCAUUCGAUGGCAGUAUAGGUCUACGUUGUGAUGUCCAAAUGGACAUCUUAUCACAAACAUACCGCGAGUUGAUGCAAAAGAGAAACACAAUGGCCAACACCAAGACAAGACAGUUGAAGCCACUCCAAGAUCAGAGCUCAGUCGUCAAGAUGAUGCAUCAGAACUCUAAACCACAAAUCAGUACAGCUAUAUAUAAUAAGGAUAAGAAGAAGUCUCAGGAGGAGAAGAGAGAGAGAAUGCAGGAGGACGACUUGACAGACCUGAUAUUCAAGGCAUUCGAGGAGAAGUCAUACUGGACACUCAAGGACCUGUUGGUGUACACGGAGCAGCCACAAGUGUGGCUGAAGCAAGUGCUGGAAAAGAUAUGCGACUUCCACAAGAAAGGAUCGCACAGGAACUGCUACGAGGUCAAGCCAGAGUUCAAGGCUCAAAAGCUCAACGUUGCCAAAUGA